AUGGAUUCGACCGUGGUCAACGGUGCUCCCAGCCAUGCCUUGGAUCUGACCGUCCUUGGUCUGAAUAGCGGGACGUCAAUGGCGAGUGCUCUAGCCCGAUUAUCACAAGAACAUGAAACUCAUAAGACUCCAGAGUCGCCGAUGCACUUUGAGCUGUUAAAGUAUGGAGAGAUCCCAUUGGAGCCGGUGAUCAAGAAACGGGUGAUGAACAUGAUCUUGCACAAUCAAACCUCGCCGUCCGAGUUGUCAGAAGUCAACGUAAUUCUAGGCGAGACGUUUGCAUCAGCAGUGCACCAAUUCUGCAAAGACUAUCAUGUCGACAUCGAAUCCAUUGAUGUGUUAGGCUCCCACGGCCAGACGAUCUGGCUUCUCUCCAUGCCACAGCAAGGCGAGACUCGAAGUGCAUUAACUAUGGCGGAAGGUUCAUUCUUGGCCUCACGCACUGGUAUCACCACAGUGACAGACUUCCGGGUAAGCGAUCAAGCUGCCGGGCGCCAGGGCGCUCCACUAAUUGCGUUUUUUGACUCGUUACUGCUGCACCAUCCGACCAAGUUGCGUGCCUGCCAGAACAUCGGCGGCAUCGCUAACGUUUGCUUUAUUCCACCAGACACCCACGGCGGCGCGGACGAAUGUUACGACUUUGAUACCGGUCCAGGCAAUGUCUUCAUUGAUGCCGCAGUACGUUAUUACACCGACGGGGAGCGCGAGUAUGACCAAGAUGGCGAGAUGGGUGUCAGGGGUAAAGUUGACCAGGAGCUCGUCGACGACUUCUUACGCCACCCGUAUUUUGUCCUAGAUCCGCCCAAAACUACAGGCCGUGAAGUGUUCCGGGACACACUUGCGCAUGUUUUUAUCACCAAGGCCGAAGCAAAGGGUCUCAGUCCUGACGACGUCGUUGCCACCAUCACUCGUAUCACUGCCCAAGCCAUUGUCGAUCACUACCGUCGCUAUGCCCCGAAAGAUCUCGAGAUUGAUGAACUUUUCAUGUGUGGCGGGGGUGCCUAUAAUCCUAACAUCACAUCCUUCAUCCAAGAGCACUAUCCCAACACGCGCAUUAGGAUGCUGGAUGAUGCCGGUAUUCCCGCUGGCGCCAAAGAGUCCAUCACAUUCGCAUGGCAGGGUAUGGAGGCCGUGGUGGGCCGCUCUAUUCCUGUUCCCACAUGUGUCGAGAAUCGUCAAGAAUAUGUGCUUGGAAAGGUGGCCCCUGGCAAGAACUAUCGCAAGGUUAUGCGCCAUGGUAUACUUUUCGGUCGUGGCCGCGAUCAUCUGCCCCCGGUGGAGGAACUGGUCAACUAUGUCGACGGCAAGGUUUUCAACAAUAAGUGGUGA